AUGCAUAUCUCGCAGAUAUACGCCGAGAACCUACUUCCUCUUCGCGAGGGGUAUCCUCUGUGGAUCCCAGAACCUGACGAAGAACUACCGAUGUGCUAUCGGCAGUCGGGUGUGCGCAUCGGCGACGUUGGCGUGAUCGGCCAGGACGGCGGGUUCCAGUUCAUCUUCAAUAUAUGCUCAUCGGCGGACGACCCAGUCAAUCAAUGCGGCGUUCCUCCAUCAUUUGAGCGCAUCGACAUGGGUGCUACCAGCUACAAGUCGACGUACUACAGCCGAGAUGGCGCAUUCGUGCAAAGCGCGGACUUUGCUAGGAACGUCAUUGGUGUUGAAGCGGGUGCGGACGCAACUAUCGUACCUGCAGGUGCAGGUUUCGGCAUCGAGUUUUCUGUUGGGAAAGACGAAGGCGCUAUACUCGCGCUGCCCCGGGGCGGGUCGAGGCGAGACGCGAGGCAGCGGAGGGCGUACGAGAUCCAGAUCCAGCGUCACGGUCAGGAAUGGUAUACGUACGUGCGGGAUACCCUUGGCUGGAUGAUCGACAACGGUGACCUCUACCUUGUCACUGGCGUCGAUAAGGCAGCCACCUGGGGCGCACUGGCUUUCCGCGAUACGCAACGUUCGCGCGAGGUAUCCUUCCAAUUCACGGCAACUCCAGUGGCAAAUGCUGCACUCCGUCACCAGUAUCAGUGGCGACACAUCACCAGCCAGUCUGCGCGCCAGGGCCCUGAUGCAGGAGUUCAGAUGUACGAUGAUGAUGGAGAGCCAGCUGAGAACCAGUGUGUCUUUGUCCGCGGGUACAAAAUCAUGUUACGCCGUGAACUCUGGUCGCGAACACGGGCAACAGGUCUAAAAGUAUUCGACUUCACGGGGCCUCGCAACUUCGGGAAGUCGAUUUCUCUCAAGGCUGCGUCCUCAUCUUCUGCUUCGGCAAGCUCUGCGGCCAAGGGCAAGGCUCGACAAGCUGAACCCACCGAUAUCUGCGUGGACAGUGCGGAUGGAUCUUCGGGCACCUUCAACGACGAGGAGGACGGGAGUCGCAGCGGUGGGAACAGUUCGUCCGAGGAAGAAAAUAGGUCAGCAGAAGGCGGAGUAAGCUGGGAACUUGUCCCUGCAUGGUCCACACCAUGCCACCCCUGCGAUGCGCUCAACAAGUACAUUUUGGAUAAUUCGGACUGCAAUAUCGCGUUCACGCACGACGACCUGUGGACAUGUAUGGCCAGUCAUGUAGAUGUCGUUCGUGAUCUGAAAAGCCAAGCCAUCUCGACACGAUACGACUUAGAGACGAUGGGUUCAGGUGCUGUAACCCUGAGGUAUAGAGAGGACGUCGAAGGCAUGAAACUGGGACAGCGAGACGCGGAGGAGGAUCUAACAAUGUCAGGCCUUAAGAUGUCCAGCGAAAUCGCGUCCUGGCCAUCCCUCGACAAGAAUGUGAAGAAGUACGAAAACAUUGAGGACAGUGCAGUACCCGAGCCAGAGGGCAAUCCAGUAUACAAGCAGGAGGGCAGUCCAGAAAGCUAUCUAUUCAGGCAAGAGGAAUGGUCACCGAAUGAUAUGCAAUGGGAACCUUCGGCCGAGAGCUGGGAAUUAAGAGAAAAUCCUCCAUCCCUAUGGGCAUCACCGGCUUCGCAGAUGAUCUCAUCAGAAACACUCGAGCCGGAUCCUGAAGGCACCAACGUCCUCUCACGAAUCCAUAGUCCAUGCCCGCAUUCGUUUUCUCCAUUUGUUGAAGCAGGCAUGAGUCGAUAUGGCUCGCCACCGGCUUACCCACGAUUCUUCUCCACGGAGUCGCCGUCCUCUCGAUCACUGGAUUCUACGGCUUCGUGCGGCGCAUCGUUCGACGGUGGCAAGGCCUAUGGGUAUCGAAUUCUCUUGGCCACGGAGUCUAGAAGAAGGGCCGCCCGCCGUGCAUCCUUAAACUCGACUCGGGCGGGACCAAUAUUGACCUGCCCGGUUAUCGGAUCAUAUUCUGAUACACGAGAACAAGAUGACAUUUUCAUGCUCAGUCCCAGGCUGCGGAAGUCGCUUCAAUACGCGCGGCUCGCUCCGCGCGCACCUCAGACACAAGCAUAG